UACCCCCUAACCUCUUUUUCCUUUUCCCUUCCCCCGCCUGCUUUACUCCCCCCACCCCACCCCCUACCUCAUUACUCCUCCCAGCCUCCAUACACCGGGGCUAUGGCCGCAGAAGAGGUAUUGCAAACUGUAGACCAUUACAAGACUGAGAUAGAGAGGCUGACCAAGGAGCUCACAGAGACAACCCACGAGAAGAUCCAGGCUGCUGAGUACGGGCUGGUGGUGCUGGAAGAGAAGUUGACCCUCAAACAGCAGUAUGACGAGCUGGAGGCUGAGUAUGACAGCCUCAAACAGGAGCUGGAGCAGCUGAAAGAGGCAUUUGGACAGUCUUUUUCUAUCCAUCGUAAAGUUGCUGAGGAUGGAGAGACUCGGGAGGAAACACUUCUGCAAGAGUCAGCAUCUAAGGAGGCCUACUAUCUGGGGAAGAUCUUGGAGAUGCAGAAUGAACUGAAACAGAGCCGGGCUGUGGUCACUAACGUACAGGCAGAAAAUGAGCGGCUCACAGCAGUCGUGCAGGAUCUGAAGGAGAGCAAUGAGAUGGUAGAACUUCAGAGAAUACGAAUGAAGGAUGAAAUCCGAGAAUAUAAGUUCCGGGAAGCCCGACUUCUUCAGGACUAUACUGAACUAGAAGAAGAAAAUAUCACAUUACAGAAACUGGUGUCCACAUUAAAGCAGAAUCAGGUUGAAUACGAAGGCUUAAAGCAUGAGAUUAAACGAUUUGAGGAGGAAACGGUGCUUCUGAAUAGCCAGUUGGAAGAUGCCAUCCGGUUGAAGGAGAUCUCUGAGCACCAGCUGGAAGAAGCCCUUGAGACCUUAAAAAAUGAAAGGGAGCAGAAGAACAGCCUGAGGAAGGAGCUUUCCCAGUACAUCACCCUCAAUGAUAACCAUAUCAGUAUCUCAGUUGAUGGACUCAAAUUUUCAGAGGAUGGGAGUGAACCCAACAAUGAUGACAAAAUGAAUGGGCACAUCCAUGGGCCUCUUGUGAAACUGAAUGGAGAUUAUCGGACUCCCACUUUAAGGAAAGGAGAGUCAUUGCACCCUGUUUCUGACUUAUUCAGUGAGCUGAACAUUUCAGAAAUACAGAAGCUGAAGCAGCAACUUAUGCAGGUAGAGCGGGAAAAGGCCAUUCUUCUGGCCAACCUUCAGGAAUCACAGACACAGCUGGAACAUACUAAGGGGGCGCUGACAGAGCAGCAUGAACGUGUACACCGGCUAACAGAGCAUGUCAAUGCCAUGAGGGGCCUGCAGAGCAGCAAAGAGCUCAAGGAGCUGGAUGGGGAAAAGGGCCGGGACUCAGGAGAGGAGACUCAUGACUACGAGGUGGACAUCAAUGGCUUAGAGAUCCUUGAAUGCAAGUACAGGGUGGCAGUAACUGAGGUGAUUGAUUUGAAAGCUGAAAUUAAGGCCUUAAAGGAAAAAUAUAAUAAAUCUGUAGAGAACUAUACUGAUGAGAAGGCAAAGUAUGAGAGUAAGAUUCAAAUGUAUGACGAGCAGGUGACAAGCCUUGAGAAGACCACCAAGGAGAGUGGUGAGAAGAUGGUCCAUAUGGAGAAGGAGUUGCAAAGGAUGACCAGUAUAGCUAACGAAAAUCACAAUACCCUUAAUACAGCCCAGGAUGAGUUAGUGACAUUUAGUGAAGAGCUAGCUCAGCUUUACCACCAUGUUUGUCUGUGUAAUAAUGAAACUCCCAACAGAGUUAUGCUGGACUACUAUAGGCAAAGCAGAGUCACCCGCAGUGGCAGUCUGAAAGGACCUGAUGAUCCCCGGGGACUUUUGUCUCCACGGUUAGCCAGGCGAGGUGUGUCAUCCCCAGGAGAAACAAGGACCGCUUCUGAACCAGUUUCAAAAGAAAACCCAGAGGCCAACAAAGAACCAAGUCCUACUAAAACACCCACAAUCUCUCCUGUUAUUACUGCCCCACCAUCAUCUCCAGUACUAGAUACGAGUGACAUCCGCAAAGAGCCAAUGAAUAUCUACAACCUUAAUGCCAUUAUCCGGGACCAAAUCAAGCAUCUGCAGAAGGCUGUGGACCGGUCCUUACAACUGUCUCGUCAAAGAGCAGCAGCACGGGAGCUGGCCCCUAUGAUUGAUAAAGACAAGGAAGCCUUAAUGGAAGAGAUUCUCAAGCUAAAGUCCCUGCUGAGCACCAAAAGAGAACAGAUUGCCACAUUGAGGGCAGUGUUGAAAGCCAACAAACAGACAGCUGAGGUGGCAUUAGCUAAUCUCAAGAAUAAAUAUGAAAAUGAAAAAGCAAUGGUGACUGAAACUAUGACGAAACUCAGAAAUGAAUUGAAGGCUUUGAAGGAAGAUGCAGCAACUUUCUCCUCCCUGAGAGCAAUGUUUGCAACAAGAUGUGAUGAAUAUGUCACACAGCUGGAUGAGAUGCAGAGACAGUUAGCUGCUGCAGAGGAUGAGAAGAAGACUCUAAACACUUUGUUACAAAUGGCUAUCCAGCAAAAACUCGCCCUGACCCAGCGGCUGGAGGACUUAGAGUUUGACCAUGAGCAGUCCCGACGCAGCAAAGGCAAACUUGGAAAGAGCAAGAUCGGCAGCCCUAAAGUAAGUGGGGAGGCAUCAGUCACCGUGCCCACCAUAGACACUUACCUCCUGCAUAGGCAGGGCCCACAGACACCCAACAUUCGGGUCUGCAGUGGCACUCAGAGGAAAAGACAAUUUUCACCUUCCCUUUGUGAUCAGAGCCGUCCCAGGACUUCAGGGGCUUCCUAUCUACAGAAUUUAUUAAGAGUUCCCCCUGAUCCCACCUCCACAGAAUCAUUUCUUCUGAAGGGCCCCCCUUCCAUGAGUGAAUUCAUCCAAGGGCAGCGGCUCAGCAAGGAAAAAAGGUUAACCGUGGCUCCACCAGAUUGUCAGCAGCCUGCUGCCUCCGUACCGCCACAGUGCUCACAACUAGCCGGGAGGCAAGACUGCCCGACUGUCAGUCCUGACAUAGCUCUUCCUGACGAGCAACCACAUUCCAGCUCCCAGUGUGCACCUCUCCACUGUCUCUCCAAGCCUCCCUAUCCCUAGUCUUCAUCUCCCGUGGACGAACAUCUGGGGUGAAAGUUGUGUAACCACACACAGGAUACUGCCCAAGAUCCAGCGGGUGUUUUCUUCUUGGUUGUUGUUACAUGUACAGUUGGAUGAAUGUCCAUCAUUGUGGAAGAUGAGAGAAAGUUGAGAAGAAUAACACAAAGCACAGAUCCCAGUGUGAUAAAACAUUUUUUGGUUUCUCUAAAUCAUAGAUAAACUGCAAUCAAAUGGCUAUGGUUCAUUUAAAUAAAAACACACAAGUAAACAAGAAACACAUAUCUCAGAUGGCUGGCAUUACCUCGAUAGCGUAAGAGAGACCUAAGACAGUGUAAGACAUAUAUUGUAAAACCAUCUUUGCUCAUACUCCAAGUUCAGCUAUAGAAGUUGAUUCCAAUAUUUUUUUUGUCAUUGAUAUUUAUUUUGUACUUUGCUACAUGAUUUGUGUCUAUAAAAAUCUCUUCUAUGAGAGGUGAAUUCAAUUCAUUUAUUUUUCAAGCAUAAUUUGCUCAAGUAAGUAUGAGUUUUAAUUUAGUUUAAAAUCUGGAAUUGGCCAAACUCUGGUCACUUUUCUUGCA